AUGUCUGCCAGCAAGUUGUUCAGCGUUUCCUCUGCAGAAGCCUUUGCGAAGCUUCCAGAGAAGCUUCAGAACUUCUUCACGAAAUUCCCACCAGCACCCAUCAGAAAGUACGCCGACCAGCCAACGGCCUGCAAUGCCGAGGACGCCAACCCAUUUUUGGCGAACCGUCAUCCGGUAACCGGACGCACACAUGAGCCACUCUACAGUCUACGUCGCCAGAGUGACCUUUACAAGCUGGCGUACAAGUUUGGCAUUGCGGAUCUGAUGCCACCUCUCGCCAACGGAAAGAAGUUCUUUGCCGAGAAGCACGAAGCAUCGCCUAUCUUGAAGGGUGUCUUGUAUCCUAAGGGCCACAAGUGGGAGAGAACGUUUGCGGAAAGAAAGAAGAAGAUCCAGGAUGCGCUUGGAGAGGUCGACAACAUCCUCAUCAAGCACAGAGGUGCCAAAUACAGAAAGAGACUGGAGAGAAGAGAAAAGGAGGAAAAGCGCUGGAUCUGA